AUGGUAGAGCAGGUGGUACUUUCUCUGGAGCAAGCCACCCACAUGGCCAAACAGCUCCACACCACCACCGACCCGACCCACGUCCUCCAAAUCUACACUUCCCUCCACCAAGCUCACCACCAUCUCUCCGCCUUCCUCUCCAAAACCCAACUCUCUCUUCCGCCUCCUCUUCUUUUUCCUCCGUCUCCUGCCGCCGCCGCUAACUCCCUCUCCUCCGUAACCGGUGCCGCCACAGCUACCGUCGCCGAUGGCAACGAUACCCAGCCGAUGCAGAUCAUGGAUGGUGAUGAUGAUGCGGUGGAAGAAGCUGGAGAGAAUUCGAAGGGCACGCUUGAUAUGGUCGAGGAGAAGAUGCGGGAUUUCUUUAUCAGGAAUAAGCGGCCGAAGCGAUCGUUAUCGCCUUCGGCGGUGGCGGAGGAUAGAAGGCUGUACGAUGAUGGUUCUGCAGUGGGAGUGAAGGGUUUUGAUCCUCACGCGACGAGGUUGAGGGCUUUGGACCUUGUCUACCAGUUUCAUGGCUAA